AUGUCUCUUUGUUGUUGUUUUUUUGUUACAGGUUUAAUCUGCAUUGCUUUAUUUAUUGGUCUACUGUGUCGAGUACUGUCUUCUUUUCUUCUGACACUGGCUUCUUCUCUAAAUAUCAAAGAGAAGUUUUUCCUUUCAAUGGCACUCAUGCCCAAGGCUGACAUGCAGGUUGCCUUAAGUGCUUUGAUUUUACAAAAAGCUAUUGGAAAAGAAGUGGAUAAAACCCUGUCAGAGUACAGCUAUAUAGUAUUAAAUAUGACUGUACUUGUCUCCUUGUUCACCCUGCCUCUGGGUGUUGCUUUUAUUGCUUGGGCUGGUCCAUGUCUUCUCCACCAAAGGAUUAAGUUUAGGAGAAAUUCUUCAGCCUCCAGACAUUCUACCAGCAGAAGCAGAUUUUUGUCAGAAGGCAAAGAACUGUUAGAGAAAGACUGUAAGCUUGAAGAAUCUCUCUUUGAAGAGCAGACCGAUACAAAACUUUAA